ACGCCCUGAAUCAUUCUCCACCAUCUUAGUGAGGAAUACGCAGGUAGGAUGUGGUGGCUGAAUACAUAGUGGGGGAAUGGGUCUUUAUCAGAAAAUGAGCUGGAUACACUCUAUGUGGAUUGCUGGGGCCCUUGUGGCCCUCGCGAGGGGACACCACACUAUGAUGGAAGGAAAAGACUUAUCGAAUACAGGGUACCAUCUCUGCACCUUCAAUGAGACCAGGAAAGAGAGUAGGUUGGUAUAUCAUGCGGUCCCUUACAUCGUGCAAAGACACUGCGGGGGCUGGCUGCCAUGGCGGAUGUGUAACGUCACUCUUUACAAGAUGACCUCGUGGCCGGAGUACAAAGAGGUCGUCCGAGAGGUCACCAGAUGCUGCCAUGGUUUCGUACACAUGGGUCACUACUGUGUGCUGCCACUCAACAGAACCAGGGAGUUCACUACCAAGCCGGGAUUCUGCCCGACCGCAGCUGAAAAGUCACAUGACGGCUGCCAAACCUGUGUUUGGGACAUCGACUGCCCAGGUUGGCAGAAAUGCUGCCAAACGUUGAAUCGUUCCCGAUGUGUCGACCCUGCCAUGUUUACACAUUACGUAGCCAACGGAGGAUGGAGGCUCAAUGUGACGGUGACAGUGAAGACGGAUUACGAUGUCAUGAUGGCCUUGGAUAAAGGACUUCUUAACCACACACAAUUGUUGCACACCAUGGUGAGCGGGGCGCUGAACUCCUCAGAUAUUUCGGUCCAGUAUCUCAGCUCGUGUCCAGCGGUUCCUUACAGGACAGCUACGUCUCUGAUAAUUGGCCGUGAUGCCAAACUCUCCCUGGACGUCACCACGGCCAAAUUGCAUAAACUCCUCAGGGACAUAUCAGAGGUGUCCUCUGUAACAGUGGAAGACGUGGAUGAGUGUGCGCACACUGCUCUCCGUAAUUGCUCCCCUCACGCCGAGUGUAACAACACCGCGGCCUCCUACCACUGCUCCUGUCGCCACGGCUACACAGACGUUCUUCCCCAAAAUGCUGGUGCAUCGUGUGAAGUUUACCAGACCCCCAGCAAUGCAACCCCCUGUAUCAAUGGACAAACUGGAUCCACAAGCCAAAGCCCCUCUGCCACUCCUGGACCCACCGUGGACCCACCCUGGUGGUCGGCUUCAGCACCGACCACCCUGCAGACAAACGCCACUUCUAACACAAGCACCCCACCGCCUGAGGAGAUGUCCACAUGUGCUCCUCCCAAACUCACCCAACUGUCUUCAUCCCACAUCACGGGAACAUCCUUCUGCCUGUCCUGGUCUGGCCUGACACAGAGCAACCAGACAAGCUAUUUAGUUGAUCUGAGAGAGGGGUCAGAGUUCAUCAUUCACCUGGUGACCAAUGAGACCAAGGUAAACAUGACAGAUCUGGAUCCUGGGGUGCUCUACAGUGUCACCAUCACCCCCUAUGCAUGUGAUGCCCAAGGGGAGAGUCAACUAUUGAAUGUGAAGAUGGCUGCUCAGAACCUUAAGGCCACUGCAAAAGUGACAAAUGUGAACUUCACUGAUGACUUCCUAAACUCAAGCAGUCAGGCUUACUUCAAUUUCUCUAAGAGUAUUAAAGAAGAGAUAUACAAGUCUCUCUCUUCAGAGCUCAAAGAACUGGUUGACUCUGGGAAGGUGAGAAUCGAGAUCACCAGCCUGUCACAGGGCAGCGUGGUUGUCGACUUCUCCAUCGUCUACGACGCGAGCGUCACCGAGCUCAACGUGUCCUCUGCAGUGUUGGGCUCCCUGUUAAACAGCACCAGAUACAGUGUGGACGAACACAGCACAAGUGUAUCUGAUGUUGAUGAAUGUGCUUCGGGGCUGAACGACUGUUCCCAAAAUGCCACAUGCAAUAACACCUGGGGCGCUUACACAUGUGUUUGCAAUGAUGGCUUCGAAGAUAUGGACUCUGAUUGGCCAGGACGAGUCUGUGGAGAUACCACUACCUCUUCCUUAGCCCCGUCCACCACUGUACCUGCCACUACCUCUUCCUUAGCCCAACCCUCCACUGUACCUGCCACUACCCCUUCCUUAGCCCAACCCACCACUGUACCUGCCACUACCUCUUCCUUAGCCCCGUCCACCACUGUACCUGCCACUACCCCUUCCUUAGCCCAACCCUCCACUGUACCUGCCACUACCCCUUCCUUAGCCCAACCAACCACUGUACUUCCUACUGCCACUUCUUUAGCCCUGCCCACCACUGUACCUGCCACUACCUCUUCCUUAGCCCCGUCCACCACUGUACCUGCCACUACCUCUUCCUUAGCCCAACCCACCACUGUACCUGCCACUACCUCUACCUUAGCCCAACCCACCACUGUACCUGCCAGUACCUCUACCUUAGCCCAACCCACCACUGUACCUGCCACUACCUCUUCCUCAGCCCAACCCAACACUUAUCUCUACCUUAGCCCAACCCACCACUCCCAACCCAACACUGUACCUGCCACUACCCCUUCCUUAGCCCAACCCACCACUGUACCUGCCACUACCUCUACCUUAGCCCAACCCACCACUGUACCUGCCACUACCUCUACCUUAGCCCAACCCACCACUGUACCUGCCAGUACCUCUACCUUAGCCCAACCCAACACUGUACCUGCCACUACCUCUACCUUAGCCCAACCCACCACUGUACCUGCCACUACCCCUUCCUUAGCCCAACCCACCACUGUACCUGCCACUACCCCUUCCUUAGCCCAACCCACCACUGUACCUGCCACUACCUCUACCUUAGCCCAACCCACCACUCAACCUGCCACUACCUCUUCCUUAGCCCAACCGACCACUAUACUUCCUACUGCCACUUCCAUAGCCCUGCCCAGCACUGUACCUGUCACUACCUCUUCAUUAGCCCCGCCCACCACUGAACCUGCCACUUCCUCUUCAUUAGCCCCGCCCAUCACUGUACCCAUUAACUACACAUUCAUGGGCAUUCCCAACAUUAAUAAAGGGCUUCCAUCCAUCUCGGUGGAAUGCAGCCCAAAGGCCAUCAUGGUGACGGUAGCCAAGGAUUUUCUGCAGACCAAACAAAUCAGUUUGCCGUCACUCCACCUCGGUCAGGUGUCCAACCUCCCACUCGACCUCAACGAUACCCACGUGCGCCUGACCGCGGCAUGGAACGACACCAACCGGUUCAGCAACGACUCCUACCUCACAGCCAAGGUGACCCUAUUCAACAGCCCGGAGCCAUUGCUGAACGGCACCAAGGGCAUCGUGCACACACUGGAGGUGCCCAUCCUCUGCGCCUACAGGAAGAGCGUCUUCAUCUCCGCAAACUUUGGUGACAUGGGAUACAACAUGAACAUAGACCCUAUAUCGGCCUCGGGCUCCUUCAAAGUGAUCAUUCAGUUGCUGAACGGCACAUCUGCCCUGCCGCACAACUACACUUUGUCCCCUGACGAGGAGGUGGUGGUGAAGGUCUCCAUGAACACCUCCGCUGAGGAGAUGAGGCUGAUCAUCAGCAAGUGCUGGGCCACCCCCACCAGGAAUAUUCGGGACAACCCCAGCUACAUUUUCCUGAACAGGGGCUGUCCUCUGACCGACUCCUACACUGCAAUCAUAAGCAACGGGAACUCGAGCUCGUCCUCGUUGUCGGUGCGGAUCUUCUCCUUCGUGGAGUUGGAUGUGGUCUACCUCCACUGCCAAGUCCAGAUCUGUGUGGAGAUGGGAUCCGCGACAUGUGUACCUGACUGCAGCAUGAGUAAGGCCCGCCUUGCCAGAACAGUUGAUUCCCUUGUCGGCUCCUCUGGGGCUUUGAUACGACGAGAGCAUGAGUAUAGCCUUGAGACGGAAAGCGAUAUACUCCAAGUCGUGGGCUUCACCUUUCUUGGAAUAUGCAUAAUGGUGAUCUUUCUGGCGGGUUUCACCUGCAUCGUCUUCUACCAAAGAAACCGUAUCGGCCACUACAACUUCAACAUCAAACCCAAGCAGGACGACUUCACCUUCCAUGUCUUCAAUACGUAGGGAUUCAAUGAGGGUGGCAUUGUGUCCCUUGUCAUAGGCUUGUCAUAAGCAGGUACAUUAAUGAUUUCGUUUAAUUGUAUAAAUGUUUUAAAGCCACAUCACGCAAUGAAUUGUCAUUGAUUCACGCUGUAGCGUAUACAUCAUAGUGUAUAUUAUGUUUUAAAAGCUAUCCAAAGUCUGUCGCAUUCAGUUCAACAAUUGCCAGGGAAAAAUGUAGGCAACGAUACGAUGUAACGCACUUUCGCUCAAUAUUUUUCUACAUAGACGAAAUUAGUUACUCUUUUUUUAUGUCCUCUACUUGCGAUGCAUAGAUGAUUGAGUGUAUGAUGAAGAUAAAGUUGGCUGUAAUAAUU